UAAUAAACAAACUUUGUUGGAACAAAUUUCAUACCUUAAAAAUUCAUCUCUUCGUUAUUAAUAAAUAUCACUUUACGAAAGAUUGCGUAUUUGUUACAAUAGCUCUUACAAAGUAGCAUCUCAGAAUAGUUUCUAUUCUUCUUGAGUUGAAAAUAUUCCAACAUGGCUGCAUUGCCACCAACCAGUCAGCCACAACAAACUGCCAGUUCAAAUGCUCAACCAUCUAAUAAAUCCAAGGAGUCAGAUGAUCCAGUUUCCAAGCUUAAGUCAUCAAUUUCAUUGUUAAAAGAGGUUGUUACGAGUUUAUUUGAGCAGGCAAGUGUUGUUGUGCAGUUACAGUCAUCUGGUGAACCUGUUGAUACAGCUGAUGGAAAAAUAACUUUGGAGCAACAAAAUAUCAAGUUUGCAAAAGCACUGGAAGAAUUCCACCAUACUUGUGACAUUUUAGAAACAAAUAUUAUGGUUGCAAGAACUGCAUAUAUCCAAGCUUAUGAAAGUACCAAGUUCACAAGCAAUCCGGAUCUUCCGACCUCUGAUCUACCACCACAUGUUUAUUCAGACUAUCUGUCACAUGUUAGGUCUCAAGUGACAGCCACUAAAGAAGUACAUGAUCUUCUUCAGGAUUUUAGUAGAAAUUUAAGCGAGUAGUAGUUUUAUUAUUAAAAAGAAAAAUGCAUAGAAAAAAUAUUUAUAACAAUGUACAUAUUUAUGUCAAUAUUCAAUAGUUUUAAGUAAA